AACAAUUUUCUUUACAACACAACAACGAAUGUUGAUGGAAUGCAAAAAAAAAACGUGAACAGUGUUGCCGAAACAAUAAAUACCUAGCGAAGAUUACCAUAGGACAUUUUUUUUUCUUCUAUCGUCUUCUAUAGGCCGAAAAAAAGCAACUCUGAAGAACGAAAGUCGGAUAAAUGAGAACGAAGAAUAACAAAUCGGGAAGAAUAGAAGAAAGAAGUGUGGUUAUUUAGCUAAACUUAAGAUUUUUCGCAUAAAAAAGUAAUAAACAAAGUUUUUUUCACGUUCGCGCUUAAGAGAAUGUAAAUAACAUUUACAGAAAUACAAAUUGUAGAAAGUAACAAAGAACGGAAUAAAAUAACAAAGAGUGAAAGCAGUUCAUGGAAACAAAAAGGGCGCCCCAAUUUCACCUACAUCAGGCUCUGUUUUUAGCUCUUUAAAGUUCGCGGAGUGGAGCGGCAUUGGAACUUCAGCAACAUUAGUGGAAAAUUAUUAAAGUGAAAGCAGAGGAAAGCAGUUGUAAAAAAAGCAUUUCAAGAUACCUGGUACAAGCAGUGGUGGAAAACGGCAAGGGCCCACUGCGGAAAUAUCAAUAUUGGGAAUAGCUGUAACAUUAUCAGUGGUUGCUACCAGUACUUGAUCGGUGGAUACGACGAGGGCACACAGCAGCAAUAUCAUCAAUAUUGGCAAUAACUGUAAUAUCAUCAGUGAUUGCCGUCAGGUCUUGAUUGUGCGCGUUGGCUGGCGUAGAAGUACAGAAGAAUUGGGUAAAAGUAAAUGCAGAGACGCUUAUCAUCAGGCGGUUAUUAUGAAAGGAACUUUGUACAAAAUGUCUCGUAAUAAGGAGAAGUACGAGAGUGCAAAUAGACGACAACAGAUUUUCAUGUCCGCAGAAGAUGUGGCUGCUGGAAAAAAAUCGUCUUGGACUGGUAUUGAGAUAACAGGUUGUGUUCGCAACAUCAGUCCAUCAUUGUGGGAAUUCGAACACCUAACAGCAUUGUAUCUUAACGACAAUCAGCUGUUACGUUUGCCUGCUGACAUUGGUUUGCUAUCUAAUUUGCGCACGUUAGACUUAUCAAGCAAUAAGCUGCGCAGCUUACCAGCUGAAUUGGGCGAGCUAAUACAGCUGAGGUAAGUAACUUACUGUACUUACUGUUGAAAAUCUUCUAAACGAGGGUGGAGUACGUGUUUAAGUAGAAAUCGCAUAUCGACACCUGAGUGGAAGAUCGACAUAUCUCGGCAGCCAGUUCGAAAACGUCCUAUCUCAGAAAACUUUUCAAGACUGCCCUAUUU